CGGAGCUGAGGCCGCACAGCAGCAGCAGAUACACACACACACAUACACACACUCACCGAGGGCGACUGCGCCUUUAAGACCCGCUAAACUAACAAUCAAACCAGCCUCGGUGUCAAUGUGCGAGCGAUGAAUUUACUCGAUAUGGUUUUGUUCAAAUUCUUGAUGCUGUUAUACUGCUUAAGCGACACCAAAGGUCAAUAUGAGAAAUCCCUGAGCAAGUACAUUCGACAUUACGAAGGCCUGACCUACGACACAGACGUCUUGCACAGCAAGCAUCAGAGGGCUAAGAGAGCUCUUUCUCACCAGGACCAGAUCCUCCACCUGGACUUCCACGCUCACGGCAGGCAUUUUAACCUUCGGAUGAAGAGGGACGCCUCUCUCUUCUCUCCUGAUCUGAAGGUGGAAGUUUCUGGAGAAGAGAUCCCUUACGACACCUCUCACAUUUACACUGGAGAAAUUUAUGGUGAGAAGGGCACUCUGACCCAUGGCUCUAUCAUUGAUGGGAAGUUUGAGGGUUUCAUUAAAAGCCAUCAUGGAACAUACUACGUAGAACCAGCAGAGAGAUACCUCAAAGACCAGAAUGUGCCCUACCACUCAGUCAUCUACCAUGAGGAUGACAUCGAUUACCCUCACAAGUACGGAGCAGAAGGUGGCUGUGCAGAUCACUCUGUAUUUGAGAGGAUGAAGAAAUACCAGGCAUCUGCAGUGGAGGAGCCCACCCAGCAGCAGACAACCCGUGUCAUUGAUGAAGAGAUGGCUGAUGGGCCGGUGAUCUUGAGGAAACGUCGUGCAGCACAGCAAGAGAAAAAUACCUGUCAGCUCUUCAUCCAGACAGAUCACCUCUUUUUCAAAUACUAUGGCACCAGGGAGGCUGUGAUCGCACAGAUUUCCAGUCACGUGAAGGCCAUUGACUCCAUCUAUCAAGGCACGGAUUUUCAGGGCAUCCGCAAUAUCAGCUUCAUGGUGAAGAGAAUCAAGAUCAACACUACCGCUGAUGAGACAGAUCGCUCUAACCCUUUCCGAUUUGCCAACAUUGGUGUUGAGAAAUUUCUAGAGCUUAACUCGGAGCAGAAUCACGAUGACUACUGCUUAGCCUACGUCUUCACAGAUAGAGACUUUGAUGAUGGAGUCCUGGGUCUAGCCUGGGUCGGGGCUCCUUCAGGCAGCUCUGGUGGAAUAUGUGAAAAGAAUAAACAGUACUCUGAUGGAAAGAGGAAGUCUCUGAACACUGGCAUCAUCACAGUGCAAAACUACGCUUCACACGUUCCCCCUAAAGUCUCCCACAUCACCUUCGCUCAUGAGGUCGGACAUAACUUCGGCUCUCCGCAUGACUCAGGAAUUGAUUGCACUCCAGGAGAAGCUAAGGCUCAGGACCAGAAAGAAAGAGGCAACUACAUUAUGUAUGCCAGAGCCACAUCAGGAGACAAGUUCAACAACAACAAGUUCUCUAUCUGCAGCAUUCGCAACAUCAGCCAGGUGCUGGAUAAGAAGAGAUUCUCCUGCUUUGUCGAAUCUGGACAGCCCAUCUGUGGUAAUGGUAUGGUUGAGGCUAAUGAACAGUGUGACUGUGGCUAUAGCGAUCAAUGCAAGGACAAAUGCUGCUACGAUGCCAAUGCGAACGAUGAGCUGAAGUGUAAACUAAAGCCAGGCUGUCGAUGCAGUCCCAGUCAGGGUCCAUGCUGCACACCAGAAUGUACCUUUAAGGGCAGUGAUGUGAAGUGUAGGGAUGAAUCUGAAUGUGCUCUUGAGGGCAAGUGCAAUGGAAACACCGCCCAGUGCCCCACCUCAACGCCCAAAGCAAACUUGACAUCUUGCCACUCAAAUACCCAAGUCUGCAUUAAUGGGGGUUGCUCUGGCUCAAUCUGUCAGAAGCAUAAUCUAGAAGUUUGCACUUGUAUCACUGAGGAGGGGAAAGAUGAAACAGAGCUGUGUCAUGUGUGCUGUAUGGAGAAGGGUCAGCCCAACACUUGCAGCAGCACUAGCUCAGAUAGAUGGGCUAAGUUCUUUGAAAGAAAGGUCAUCACAUUACAGCCUGGCUCUCCUUGUAAUGACUUCAAAGGUUACUGUGAUGUCUUUAUGAGGUGUAGGCUAGUGGAUGCUGAUGGCCCUCUGGCAAGGCUUAAGAAGGCCAUCUUUAACCCCGAGCUUUACACAAGCAUCGCACAGUGGAUAGUGGAGCACUGGUGGGCGGUUCUCUUAAUGGGCAUUGCUCUCAUCAUGCUGAUGGCUGGAUUUAUCAAGAUCUGCAGUGUGCACACACCUAGCAGCAACCCUAAAUUACCCCCACCCAAACCACUGCCAGGCACACUGAGGAGAAAUAGACCCCAGAAUCAAGCUGCACAGACUCAGCCUCAGCGCCAACGCCACCAGAGAGAGAACUACCAGAUGGGCCAGAUGCGACGCUGAAUAAGCCUUCUCAUUGCCUUGGUUCUUCCUAGUGCCUACAGUGGGAAACACUUCACUCCAAAGAGUUACCUGAAUCAAUCAAUGAGCCCCAACUACAAACUAAGAAACUAGCAAAAAUAAAAUGGACUUCAAAGGACUAUGCUUAAGAAAACAACUGUUUUAAAGAGUAAGAAACCACUGCUCUGGGAGCCAGCAGAGCUUUUCUUGCGUAGCUCAGAGAAAAAAUCAGAAGCUAGUGAUGAGCAAGAGGACAGAAUCAUUGAUUUUUGUUCUUUUUUUUUUUUUUUUCUGCUUUUCAUUUUCUUUAUCGAGUUAUUAAAACCAUCGUUCUCUCCACUAAAGUUUUCCCCCCUUUUUUGCCUUUUUUAUCUUUUUUUAUCAUUAUUUUUUGGAAUUGCCACCCUCCUGUGGAGAUGAGCAUGAUGGGAAGUCACAGAUUUUUCUGCCAAUCAUUGAUGGCUGAGAGAGACUCCUAAAGAGACUCCUUUUCCAAUGUAUAGUUAAGAUGUUUUUAAAAUGCAAGCAAAGGAUUAAAAAGCUUUUAUUUCUGAAGCUUUCACAUUGUUUCCUGCGUGCAAUUGUACAGAAAUCACAAAAUACAUUAGGGUUUUUUCAGUCGUGUCAUUUUUAUUCUGUUGGAGAGUGAUAAUUAAAGAUGUUUAAUUGACACUCAGGAUUUACCAAGAAAUAACAGCACAUAGAGUUUCUAUUGGUGGAAUUUACCAGAUUCACUUUGCUGUAAGUGACGUAUGCGUUUUUGCAAAGCACUUUUCACCUGCUUGAGUUGCUUUUUUUCCCCUCCAGUUGAUAACCACUAAAGAACUGCAGUUCUUCAUUCCACAUGGGUGAGGGAGUUAAUGAGAGGGAGGAUGUUCAAACAAAGAUUGUAAGUGUCCUGAUCUGCUGAGAGUCACUGUUAUUUUAUGUUCAUCCAGUAACACGAUGAUCCUUCUGAUACACAGUGAAUGAUAUUGUACACAGAAGACAAGACAGACUCGAGAAUAUAAGCACAGCAACAUCAGGAAAGAUUUGUUUUUUUUAAUACAUACAAUACAUGGUUUUUCUUUUGCAAUAAGAUGGAGGAAACAUGAAAGUGUGAACACAUGAGUAAAUCUCAGUGGUGUGCAUUAGUGAAAUGAUGAGAUGGAGAUGAUAGAAGCAAGCUGUGGAGCCUUUAGAGUGUUUUUACACACCAAUCAAUAUUUAUACAAAGAAACUUUUUAUCAAUUUUCAGUCAUUAGCUGAAAAAGAAAAGAUCCAGACUAGCAGCCUAUUUAAUCAAUAUAUAUGCCUUGUGUUGCCUAUAUAGUGUAUCUAAACCAGCCCCUGCUAAUCAUUUUCAACACAAUAACACCACUGACACUGCAGUCCAACAUCUUUUUUUUUUUUUUUUUUUUUUUUUUUUUUUUUU